AUGUGGGCGCGCGCUUUCACGACGAACGCGCUGCAGACGGGCCGGGACGCCGCUGGUCGCCAAAACCAGAGCCUGGUCCGCGCAGCGCCAACGGCCAGCGGUGCUAGUCCCAAAACUUGCAGAUCCGAGUCUGCAGAUCUGGGAUGCCCAUGCGACACGACCGUCGUCGAAGCACUGGCAUUCGGGGAGAUAUCGAUCUCGGGCUCUUCGGAGCGUGUUGAUUCUGACUACCUCUCUGCCUCUCCUGCGGGCUCACGGCCAUCAACUGGCCACUCUGUCUAUAUCAGUAGUCUCGCUGCACGUUACACCAGCGUCUUCUCUGGGUUUCCGCACAGACACACCGGCACACAACCCGUCUGCCUUGUUUUUGAGACAUCCUCGUUCUACCCCGCACUGCCUCGACCUCCGAUGUAUAAGCCGGGCGGCCCUUGCGGUAUUCAGUUUUACCGUGCUCAACAGACGACGACUGGAACAGCUGCACAAUGCAACAAGACUUCAUCAAAUCCGCGAGCGCGUCCAAGUUUGCCGUCAACCUACCGCUUGCACCAUCCGUAUCCAGCCCACCUUGCCCGCCUCAGCGGUCGAUGUGGGGAGUCCCGGGCGCUGCAGCACGCGCAAGCCAUCUACAUUGCGGUGCCGUCUGCAAGUGGCCGAAAAGCGACCGGCCGGUCACUGGCGUUGUCUCGGAUCGCGUCCGCCGCCGAGGAGAUGAGCCGCAGUGGCUAUAGGAUUUACCUUAGUGCUUAA